AUGUCAUAUAUAUCUCCCAACUUGCCUUUCUGUGCAACGGGUACCAAUUCUAGGCGCAUUUGUUCCACAAACGGUUUUACUGGUUCGAGAAGAUCACAUUUGUCGCUGACUUUCCAGAGUAAAUCACGCGUUAUGCGUCCAAUUCCCGCUCCCAUGUCUAUAGUCAACUUCUGCUGGCCCUCUGGACAUGGCAUUCGGCUCAGAAGCUUUCUUAAAAACGUCGAAGACCCAAUUAUAUCAGCCUUUGGCACCGGGGUCUGUUCACCAAAACCGCCCAAAACCCCAUUCACCGAGGCAGGAACAGAGCUCCAGUAUUGUAUGGCAUCGUCGUAG